CUUUAUUUGUUCUGCUGUUGAAGACAGACGAACGUAAUCAUAAAACCAAAUAUUUACUAUUGAUUAAUGGCACAAUGUAUACAUAAAACAAGCUCUAAGUAAAUUAUGAGGAACGACCAAAUUAAACGUAAAACAAAAGGCAUCGGCAAAGUUAAAUUACGUGAAGAGCGAAAGAAUUACAGAAACAAAAGAAAAGGAGUUGGUCAACAGGUGCUUGAGACAGAGGACGGUAACCAAGGAAGUGACGUUGAAUGCUACGAUGACGACGAGGAGGCAAAAGAAGUGUCUCAACAAAAAGACGGGGAUUUGCAAGACCACUUGGCGUCUUUAGCUUUGCAAAAUGUAAGUUUUCCUCGUGGAAUUCUAUGUAGCGGGUGUUCCAAAAUUGGCGUUUAUGACAAAGACAUGAAUGACGUAAAACGCAAUACUGAACAGCAGAGGGACAGGGAAAGUGAUAGUCGGGAAAAGUGUUCUAUUUGUCAAACUCUGGGGACAAAGGUCAAUCACCAAGACAACAUCCGAAUGUCUGUACUCUACUCUCACGAGUUUUAUGACAAGUUUUCUCGAGAUAAACGUCCUGGAUGUUUGACCGAUUCUGGUGAAUCGACGACUAGGGAAAAUUCGACACUAAAAAUUGAAAGUACAAGACAGCAAACAGGGGACAGAAAAAGCGACCGUUUGCAAAGGGAAAAAUCAAUGGAUCAGACAGAGCCAUCUAAAUCUAGUAGAAGACUGUCCGUAAAUGGUGUAAAGGGAUGUAUGCUGGAACCCACCAAACUGCACCCUGCAAAUCCAGGAGUGAACGCACCAAGUAGUGUAAAAGAUAACGGGGUACCUAAAGUGAAACAAAGUUCAAAGGAAAGCAAAACAGUUGAUAGAUCUCAAAUUUCUGAAGAGUGCAAUAACAAAACAACGAAAAACGACCAAAUCCCUCAAAACGUAUGGAGUAACGGUAACACACUUCCGAGCCUCGUAAAUAAAAUUUCAUUGGUAGAUUCAGAGAAAAUUGAACCAAUGGAAAAAGUUCUUCACACGAAAGAGAAACUCCCAGAGGAAAGGUCCGUAAAAUGUGAAUCGCCAGUACAAACAUUCAAACAACCAAAGAAGAUACCGAAAACAUCAGACAGUCGUCGAUCUUUCAUUUUGGCUGCCACCAGAAGACACGCGGAAGGAUUUUCUAGUUUGUACAUGAAACGCGCAAUGAAAGGAAGUACUGUUCGCAAAGAUGCCUGGAAUAAGAAUGGGGACAUCGAACACCAUCAUGAAGAGAGGUACACCGUUGAAAGUCUCGGUCUGACUUUUGGAAUUCCAGAAUUCAACCUUCGCUUGGCGGGACGAACCGUGAAGAAAACUUCCGGAUCACCAAGGAGACCAAGCAGUCAUAGAUCAAGUGCUAGUUCGAACUCACAAACUUUCUUACCACCCAUUGGAGAAACACAAAGACAUUCGUUUUCUCUUAAAGGAUUUGGAUAAAUCCCGGCAA